CGAAUUCAUUCUCUCUAACUCCCUUGAAAAAGCACCCGUGCAUUCUCCGUUAUAAUAUAAAUUGGGCUACAGGUGUUCCACCUAAAGUCCUACCGGUCAAUCUGUGUGUUUUUACCUUUCUUACUUUGCCAAAUCAAGCAAACUAUUCUAGACCCGGUCUAGUAUAGUUUGACCGGUCACGUAAUUUACACCAUCAUUUUUGGCGCCACCCGUGGGACCGUUAAGGUUUCUUCUCUUUUAACACAGACCUACCCACAAAAACACCACUCGAAAUGUCUUCCAGCCAACAAAUCAACGCUACUUCCACUCAGGUGCAAGCCACCAAUGAGGGUACCAGCAUCCCUGUGGCUGCUACCAUACCGGUCAUUUCAGCCCCGGUGUUGCCUUUGGGUCUGAGCUCUGUCCCAACGCCUAGCGUGAUCAGCCCAUUCACAACCCCCGUCCCUUCUGCUGGACCAAGGGUCACGUUCCCACCAAGCAUGACUCAGUUCAUUAAUGACCCAGCCAACCUACAAGCCAUCCAGGGCUUUGGCAAGGUCAUGGCCAUGUGCCAACAGAGCGGGGGGAUGCCUUUUCUUUCUGGUAUGUUCCCGUUCGCUCUUCCAGGCACGGGAACCAUGCCCUUACAAGCUCCGAUGGCGGUGACGUCGUUCCAGACGCCGAUGCCGCAGCCAUCACCUUUCCAACCCCAGCUGGUCAGCACCAUGGCCCCUGUCAACUUGACUGGCGCACUUAACGCUGCAGGGCCGUCGCGUCCCCCGCAAGGGCCAACAAGAAGAAGAAAGGAAAAAACAUCCGGCCAGCGACCUCCCGAAACUCCGCCUUCGAAAGGCUGGGGGGAUAGGGAGGAAGGCCAGAGGAAGUCACCCAAGCAAAGGCUGGGGCAGAGCGUUGCCCAUGUCAGCGCGUUCGCCCGAUUAGGCGAGGUGCGGGAGGCCGAGCCUGCCCGCACCCGGCGCUCCCGGUCUAACCGGCAGGAGCCUGCGAGGACGAGGGCCUCUCGUCAGGAAAAGGAAGCAGAGAGCCAGCCCAGGUUACCAAUGGCGAACCGGUUGACCAUCCCAAAUGACCGCGUCCAGCAGAUGGAGGCAAAACUGGAGAGGCUGGAAAAGAAGGUCGGGGAAAAGAAUGACCGGGACAAACCCUUGGCGGGGUCCCCGUUCACCACGAGGGUCCAUCUGACACCUUUCCCGAGAAAGGUCAAGAUUGACGCCCCUAGAUUCACUAGGAAGGAAGAUCGGGAAAUCCAUCUGGACUCCUUCAACGAGAGUGCGACCAUGAACGGUUGCACCGAUGAAGAAAAGUGCCUUCUUUUCUUCCAGACCUUGCGGAACCGAGCCACUGAAUGUACAGCCGGGCAGAGGGAGUCUGAGAACCUUACUCAGUUCCUUACCCGGUGGAAGGAAGAGGUAGACAAGGUGGAAGAGAUGGAUGACAAGACCGUCUUAUCCCUCCUCUUGAAUGGCUUGCGUGCCGGGGAACUAUACAAGGAGUUCUGCCGGAAACCCCCGGCCACGUACCAAGAGGCCUACCACACUGCAUGGGAGUUUGCUGAGGCUGAAACCCAACUCCGGGCAAAGAAAGAAGCUGAGCAUGGUUACAAGCCCAAGCCGGUGCAAGUCAAGAAGGAAGAAGCCCCGGGACCUAGCCGGCCAAGACACCACUAUGACCUGGUUGUCCGUGUGGUCAAUACGGAGGAAUGCCAAGAAAUCCGGAAAGCACCGGUCACUCUUCCGGAAAACCCUACCGGUCAAACAGGGCGGCAAUGGUCGGGCACCUAUUGUUCGUACCACAGGUCAGAUUCCCAUAACACCUCCGAAUGCAAAAGUGUUAAGGGGGUGAUCCGGCAGAUGAUAGACAGUGGAGAACUGGGCAAUGAUUACUUGCAGAAGGCCCAGGAGAAGAGUCAUCAGUGGGUUAGGCCAGCUGCCCCGGGAGAUGACCAGGACAGCGACCGGCGAAGGAAUAGCCGGCCAAGGGAACGGAAACCUGCUCCCGAAAAAGAGCACAUCGGCAUGAUCUUCGGCGGACCUGAGGGUGGAGAUUCAGCCGUGCAGCGGAAGAACUGGGUCCGGAGCAUUUACGUUGGCUUCACGGGAGACACCGUUGAAGCCGAAGGAUCCAUAGUUCUACCUGUCGAACUAGGAUCGGGUGAAAAAACCGUAUGGAAGAAGAUGCGGUUCAUAGUUGUGGACAUCAAAUGCGUCCACAACGCAAUUCUUGGAAGGCCAGGCAUCAAUAAGGUCGGGGCGGUGAUUUCCAUGCCUCACCUGUGCAUGAAGUUCUACACUCCAGGUGGUGUGGGUGAGGUGAAGGGUGACCAGAGGAACACCCGGGAGUGCUAUGCCCGGGCAGUCAAGAAGAUGACCAAGGGGGUCAAUGUCAUCUCCCAAGAGAUCACAAAGGGAGAGACCCGGGAGAAAUUGGAGCCCGAGGCCGAGACGGUGGAAAUCGAACUUCACCCGGGUGAUUCUUCGAGGAUGGUCAGAAUUGGAGCAAAUCUCCCCGAAGAUCUCAAGGCAGAGAUUACACGGGUCCUCCAAGAAUACGCGGGCAUAUUCGCAUGGAGCGUGGCGGAUAUGCCCGGAAUAGAUCGCUCUAUUAUCUGCCACCGGUUGGCCGUGAGGGAAGGAAGUCGACCGGUACGUCAGAAGAAGCGGUACCUGGCAAGUGACCGGCGAGACUUCGUCAAGAAGGAAGUGAAGGACCUCCUCAGUGUUGGUCUAACUCCAGACCUACUGGUCAACAAGCCCACUGAGCAAUGGUGGGAGAUGGCAGUUGAUGGAGCAUCCGGUCCUAGAGGAUACGGGGGUGGUAUCGUGUUCACCACCCGAGAAGGGUUCAAGAUCUACCAUGCAAUCGUCUUCAACUUCAAACUGACAAACAAUGAGGCAGAAUACGAAGCUCUGGCUGGAGGGCUCAGACUUGCCCAAGCCCUGAAAAUCAGCCGGGUCAGUAUCAAAUCUGACUCUAGCCUGAUUGUUGGGCAAGUGACCGGUAACAUGGAAGCAAGAGAAGGACGCAUGGCACAAUAUAGGGACCUUGUACUUGCCCUGUUGAAAGGCUUCGAAGAGUUCAAGAUCGCCCAAAUUCCCCGGACGGAGAACGCGGAUGCAGACCUUCUCUCCAAGUUGACGCAGUAUGCUCCCGAGCAUGUUAAAAAACUUGCCCGGGUGGAAAUCCUAGAUCGAGCAAGCAUCGAGAAACUGGAAGUCGCCGCUAUAAUAGCCGGAAGCCAAUAUGACCGGUCAAACCUGGUCGGGGCGGACGACCAUUUGAUGUAUGAUCUGAUGGAAUAUUUGAUGGAUGGGAGCUUGCUUGAACAAGAUGACCGGGCAAGAAAAGUGAAGCUCAGGGCACCCCGAUUCCAAGUUCUUGAUGGAAAACUGUAUAAAAGGGCAUUUGGGGGGCCACUCCUGAGAUGUCUAACCAACCAGGAGGCUGAGCGAGUCAUAGCGGAGGUACACGAAGGCGUAUGCGCGGCGCAUCAAAUGUCCCGUACGCUUUCCCAACGCAUCAUCUUGUUGGGGUAUUACUGGCCGACAAUUGUCCAGGAUUGUGAGAGGAGGGCUCAUGGGGAAACUCCAUUCUCCCUAACCUAUGGGUGUGAAGCAAGGCUGCCCAUCGAAGCUGAAUUCCCCACGUUUCGGGAGUCAAAUUAUCAACCCCAUCAGAAUGAGGAGGAUCACUUGGCCGAACUCAACUUGGUCGAAGAGCGGAGAAUGGCCGCAGAAGUUAAAAUGAGUACAUACCAACAAGUUGUGAAGAAGUACCAUGACAACAAGGUUGGGCCGCGGUACUUCCAAGUUGGAGAUGAAGUCCCACGAAGAAGAGAAGCAAGUAGACCCGGCGAUGGAGGAAAGCUGGCAAAAAACUGGGAAGGCCCAUACAGGGUUAGAGCCAUCAUUCGCCCAGGAACCUACCGGUUAGAAACUUUAGAUGGUGUACCGAUAGAAAGAACUUGGAAUUCCCACCAUCUUCGCAAGUUCUACAAAUGAUUGUAAUACUAGGCGAGGCCUAACUACAUUGUCAAUCAAAGUGAUGUUCAAUA